AUGGGCGAAACCGGGAAUUCGGUGGGCAUUGAGCAGGCGAAAUUUGCGGCAAAGGGUGCUUGGUCAAUCUGGCGACGGGGUUGUCGAAAGGAACUAUUAAUCGAAAUCAUUGGCUGCGGUGCCAGCCAACCGUCUCAGGAAUGUCUACUACUCGUCGCUGGAAGCAUGUCCAGGAUCACAGAUCCGUUAGCACCAUCUGAUCUUAUCGGUGCGCACAAGGUUGCUAUUUGCCAGCAUCGCGAAAUCUUGCAGCUUAGACGAGGUGGGAGAGAGUUCGUGGCAGAGAUGCGAUCACCGCCCAGCACUGUGAAGAAUGCUCGAAAGCCAUUUCCGCAGCUGUACCUAGAGCAUGAAGCCGUCAAUAAAACAACCGGCCAAACUUCGGAAAACCCGGGCAACCGACGCUCGAGAGGCCGCCAGGAAGGUCUAUUUCUAGAAUUCGCCUGUGUUUCAAGACAGUCAAAUCAAGCAACUUCUCAACGAUGGUCUAAUGAAGGAUAUGAUACUGACAGUUGUGACGCUUACCAAGGAUAUGGCUACACUCUUGCGGCUGCGCGAACCGAGCAGCCAAGACAACAGAAUCAACUGGAAUCACAUGAUGAGGAUGAUCUGCUGGAACAGCCAGAAGGACCCUCGUCUCCCGAAGAACAUACCAUGAUUUAUCCAAUUCACGUCCGCAUCUUUUGUUACGGCCCGUCUCGUCGUUCAGCAUCGAAUUCUCCUCCACGCGAAUUUCUCACUAAGCAAAAGGAUUCUCUACGCCGUCACCCCAUUGAUCCCCAUCUGUUCCAUGCACGAUGGCAUCAGUGGCAAUUUGGAAGCCUGCAGCACUUUCCCUAA